AUCCAAGCCUAGAUUGAACUGAACACAACACCAAAAGGUGGUGGUGCAGUAAUGAAACUUAGCAAUUAAGUUGAGGGUGAAGAAUGAUAAAACUAGAGAGAGACAAGGAGCGGCGUCGCGCUGCAAUUUAUUACCUUUUGGCUUCAACCCUCUCUCUUGACCAACUUUUCUUUUAGUUUUUGUUUGUUUAAUAUUACACAGACACAAACACAGUUACACAAGCCAACAUGAAGAGCUACUCUUCGUUCCAAUUCAGACCCAAACUCAAGUUUCAAGAAAAUCAAAACCUACUACCACCUAGAUUUCAAUGAAGAAGGGGUUUUCACUACUACACAUCUUAUCAUUAGUAUGCAACUGAUUGGUGAAAAAGUGCUAGCAAAAAACGGUGAUGGUGAUGCUUUUUGUACAACAGAUACGUAGCAGCUUUCGUGUUGCGUUCGAAACUUCAUACAACUCCAUUCUCGGUGGAUUGAAAUGGAGAAGAGAAGGACCAAGAAAUCUUGCAAACAAAGAUUCUAUCAUUGCCCAUAAUUCUAUAUAUUCUACUUCAAACAGAAUCUUAAAUCCUCGUCCUUGAAUUCCGUAAAUCAUCCCAUCAACCCCCAACAGCAAUAAUUCGCUCUUGUUUGUCACAUCACAUCCUCUCCUUCAUCGGUCGUUCCUUGUUUUCCUGUUGGACCACAAUUCUCAUAAUCAUCAACCAGCUCUCCUACUCUCUCGCUUAAGUUUAAACCCAUGAUGGAUCCUCUCAUAUUAAUCCAGCAUUUAUCUCUUCAUCAUCAUCGAUAAUAAACUCCUCCCACAUAUGUAUUCUCAAAUGGGGAGUGGAAAGCAAAGGUGGAAGAUCUCCUUCCGAAAAUCUUCAUCCUCAUUAUCACCACUCGAAAAUCAAAUCCAAAUUCAAACUCAAACUCACCAACCCUUUUCAAUUCCAGUAGAAUUUCUAUGCCCAGUCUCCGGUUUGAUCAUGGCCGACCCUGUUAUAGUCUCCUCCGGCCACACCUUUGAACGCAAUUGCGUUCGCGCCUGCGUUUCCCUCUCUUUCAUACCCACUCUCUCAGACGCUGACGGUGCCCCCCCGGAUUUCUCCACCAUCAUCCCCAACCUCGCCCUCAAGUCCACCAUUCUCAACUGGUGCCACCAACAACUCCUCGACCCGCCUCAACCCAUUGAUUUUUCCUCUGCUCAAAAAAUCGUACGUAAAUUAGUAUCCCAGUUUCCCGCGACUGAGUUGAGCCGGAAUCCCAGCCGGGUCUCAGUGGCCAGCUUCUACGAGUCCGUGACGCCGCGGAAUCUCGCCACCUCUCCUCCGCUGUUUUCCACUCGACCUUUGUGUUAUUCUUCUUCUUCGUCUUGUGAUAUUGAAAAUCCAAGUUCCAACUUCUUGGAAGAGGAAGAAUUCAUUGCCAGACUGAAGAGUUCUCAUAUAUAUGAGCAAGAGGAGGCUUUGGUUUCUCUCCGGCAACUCACGCGAACCCGGCAACAGAUACGUGCUCGUCUCUGCACUCCACGGUUGCUCUCAGCCCUCAAAUCAUUAAUCACCUCCAGAUAUUCGACCCUCCAAGUGAACUCCGUCGCGGUGUUGGUGAACCUGUCGCUAGAGAAACAGAACAAGGUGAAGAUCGUGCGAUCAGGGAUUGUACCACCCCUGGUGGACGUUCUACGGAGUGGAAUCGCUGAGUCGCAGGAGCAUGCAGCCGGUGCUCUCUUCAGUUUAUCCCUCGACGAUCAGAACAAGACUGCUAUCGGGGUUUUAGGCGCGUUGCCGCCACUUCUGCAGGCUCUCAGGUCAGACUCGGAGCGGACUCGGCAUGACUCCGCUCUGGCUUUGUACCACCUUUCUCUGGUACAGAGCAACCGGGUUAAGAUGAUCAAACUCGGGUCUAUCCAGAUUUUGUUAAGCAUGGUGAAAUGGAGUCACAUGCCGGGUCGGGCAUUGUUGGUUCUGUGUAAUUUGGCCGCCAGCGUCGAGGGAAGGGCGGCAAUGCUGGACGGUGGCGCGGUGGAGUGUCUUGUCGGUUUCCUGAGUCAGGGCAAUUUUGACUCAGAGGUUACUCGAGAAAGCUGCUUAGCGGCGAUUUAUGGGUUGAGUUAUGGUGGGUUGAGGUUCAAGGGGCUGGCGAAGGAAGCAGGGGCGGAGGAGGUGUUAAUGCGGGCGGAGGAAACGGGGAGCCAUCGAGCGAAAGAGAAGGUGAAGAGGAUACUGGAAGUUGUGAGGCAUAAGGAUGAGGAAGAAGAGGAGAUAGAUUGGGAGGAAUUGCUGAAGUCAGAGGAUGAUUGCAGUGGAGCUGGUGGGAGAAUUGGAGUGUAAGAAAUGCUGAAUAUUCCUGAUAACACAAAUCUGAUCACAUUAUGUGUUGGUAUUUGGUGUAAAUUUGACAUGGUCUCUGAUGCUUAUUUCGGACAUUGGUGCUAUUGUGUUUUCAUUUCAAGGUUUGAUGUGGUAAAGACGAUAAUUGGUGAAGAAGAGGUUGUAGAUAAAGAGAAGUUUGAUUGAUGUGAUGUGUACCCGUCGCAUAGUUUGUGGUUAUAUCUCCCCUUCCAAUCCUUCAAAUGCUAAUGAUUGUUUCUUGGGAUGACUUUUA